AUGCAAAUCCUUCAGACUCCUCUCCCUCUCUUUUCUUUCUCUAAACCCCAAAACCCUUCCCUUAAACCCCACCAUAAAAACCACCACCACCACCUCCUUUUCCUCCCUCGCCACCCUCUCUCUACCACCACCACUCUAACACCCCCAAAAUCUUACAGCUCAGAUGAAUUCCCAGUUGACGAAACAUUCCUCGAAAAAUUCGCACCAAAAGACCAAGAAACCGAAGACGAAGCGCGCAGAAAAAACUGGAUUAUCCGUGGCUGGGCACCAUGGGAAGAAAUUCUAACCCCCGAAGCCGAUUUCGCCAAAAAAUCCCUAAACGAAGGCGAAGAAGUCCCUCUUAAAACCCCAGAAGCAAUUGAAGCAUUCAAUAUGUUAUCUCCAAGUUACCGUUCACAGAAAAUUAAAGAAAUGGGCCUUACUGAAGAUGAGUGGUAUAUAAAGCAAUUUGAGAUGAAAGGGGAGAUACCGGAUAAGUUGGAGACGGAAUGGGCUAGUCCAUUGGUUGUUAGACAGGUGGCACCGAGGGAUUGGCCGCCAAGAGGGUGGGAAGUGGAUAGGAAGGAAUUGGAGUUCAUUAGAGAAGGGCAUAAAUUGCAAGGAGUUAGGGUGAAUUUGGAGGAUUUGGAAAAUGGGGUUAGUGUUGAUAAGGAGAAUAUGUGUUUGGAGAGGUAUAAGGUGUUUUUGAAGCAAUAUGAAGAGUGGGUCGAGGCGAAUAAGGAUAGAUUAGAAGAGGAGUCUUAUAAGGAAGACCAAGAUUAUUAUCCGGGCCGAAGAAAAAGAGGGAAAGACUAUAAAGACGGCAUGUAUGAGCUUCCAUUUUAUUAUCCAGGGCAGAUUUGUGAAGGAAAAGUUACCACUAUACAUCUAUAUCAAGGAGCCUUUAUUGACGUUGGAGGUGUGUAUGACGGGUGGGUCCCAAUUAAAGGCAAUGAUUGGUUUUGGAUCCGCCAUCAUAUAAAAGUUGGCAUGCAUGUUAUUGUUGAAAUUCUGGCAAAGCGAGAUCCUUAUCGGUUUCGAUUUCCGCUUGAAAUGCGUUUUGUCUAUCCUAACAUAGACCAUCUUAUCUUCAACAGAUUUGAAUUUUCACCAGUAUUUCAUCGUGAUGAGGAUACGAACUUAGAUGAAUUGCGGCGUGAUUGUGGAAGACCACCUGUUCCUAGGAGAGAUCCUGAAGAUAAACCAGAAGAGGAACCUCUAUUGUCAAAUCACCCUUAUGUCGAUAAGUUGUGGCAAAUCCAUGUUGCUGAGCAAACAAUUGUGGAUGAUUGGGAGGCUAAUCCUGAGAAAUACAAGGGCAAAAAGAUAUCUGAGUUGACUGAUAAUGAAGAAUUUGAUGAAGAAAAUAGCAUUGAAUACACUGAAGCUUAUCAUAAGAAAACCGUACUGCCUAAAGUGAUUCUGAAAACGAGUGUUAAAGAACUUGACUUGGAAGCUGCCUUAGCUGAGCGUGAGUUUCAUAAUAAACAAAGAAUGGAAGCAAAGGAAAGAGGAGAAAAAUAUAAAAUCACCAAGCUGAGGCGAAAUAUAGAAAUGGAUGAGUAUGACUUAUUGCAUUGGCAUCGCUCAUUUGAGGAAAGAGAAGCUUUAAUCAGAGACAUCAGCUGCCGUCGAGCUCUUGGUAUGCCAUUGGAAGAGCCAGGAAGGUAUAAGCCAGCAAGUUUCUUUGGUAAGGACCAAUAUGAUCCUGAAAAUCCAUUGUACCGGUAUGACUACUGGGGAGAACCCAAGAACUCAGAAAAGAGCAAGCAAGAGAGGAUGACAGAGCUUCAUAACAAAUCUAUUGUGGGAAAGGGCAAUGUUUGGUAUGAAAUGUCUUAUGACGAUGCCAUCACACAACGGAUGCAAAGAGAAACCCGUGCAAAGGAAGUGAAGCAAAAAGAAGUGGAAGAAGAUUCAGACAGAGAUCAUGAUGAUGACGACGACGACGAUGACGACAUUGAUUUUAAUCUUUUAGGUGACUUUGGUGUUAACUUGGCAAAUCAGCCAGUAGUUAAUGGAACUGAAUCUGCUGGACUAUCAGAUGAGGGAUAUGGCAGCAAGCGUUUCAAGAAGCGCAUUGCAUCAGAUCAGCUCUUGAGGAAAGUACUGGAUUCCUCCUGA